GGUGCCUACAACACAGCCUGCAGCCUGCUGCCCCACCACCACCGCCAAGUGGCUCAAACUACAAAUACCAACUCGUCAACUUCACCUCUCCCACAUCAUCACCAUCGCCGCUGCUGCAUACACAAUGUCGCACAUCACAUUGGCCCAGAAGGGCCUGGAUGACAUCUCAGCUAAGAAGUGGGAUGAUGCCGUCUCUAAGCUCUCAACAGCGCUGCAGAGCUCGACCAACCCAGCAUGGCUGUUAGCUCGCUCCAAGGCUCUUGUGAAUCUCAAGCGCUUUGACGAAGCACUCGCGGAUGCUGAGCUAGCGUGGCACACUGCAUACGACAGAAACAAGCGUCCUCUUAUUACCGAAGCCAACUACAGAAGAGCAGUUGCCUACUUUCGUCUCGGCCAAUAUGCCAAUGCCGACUGCUGCUGCAUCUAUGCCAUGAGGCUCGUCAAGGGCUUCCCAGUCAAUGAAAAGGAGGACCCAGCGUUGCAGUGGACGGAUGAGAAGGGGUUCUGGACGGCUACGCUUGAUGAUGCCAAAGAGGAGGCCAAAUCAGACGAGAUUAACAGCCAGGAGAACGGGCCCUUGUCGGGCGGUCAGAGCGCCAAACCAAUCCCCAAUGCCCAAGAGUGGCGAAUGGCCAGCACUCUGAGAAUGCAGAUUCUGGGUAGCAUGCAACGCACUGCUAGCGACGAUGAGUCCCGAAAGGUGACAGUGACUGCCAAACCCGAGAAGCGAUCUCUGGCCUCGGUGGCCAAGACGGAGGAGAAGCCUGUUGCUGCUGAAAAGCCCGCGCCAGCACCCGCCGCUAGACCACCAGUUCCUAGUGAUACUCCCAUGAGACUGCAGGACUUUCAGAGCAAUACGUCCAUGUCAGUAUCUAUUUUCUCAAAGGGUGUGAACAAGGAGACGCUCAAGACACAGUUUGAGCCUCACGCCGUCAAACUUGAUUCUCUCAUCUACCCAAGUGGCGAAGAGAAGCCCUUUGAACUCGAUCUGUGGGGAGAAAUUGACACAGAGGCUUCCAAAGUCUCUGUCACGCCUAACAAGGUUGAGCUGACCUUGGUGAAGAAGGUUCCUGGUAAAUGGGCGCAGCUUAAGGGGGAUGGCAAGGCCAACGUCCCUGCCAACCCUGCCCCAGAGGCCAAGACUACAACUGUCCCCGUCACGGAACCUGCAGCAGCUACGGCAUCGGAGAAGGCCCCUGAAGCUAGCGGGCCAGCACACUCGUACCCGAGCUCGUCCAAGUCUGGGCCCAAGAACUGGGAUAAGUUGGGCGACGAUGGAUCUGACGAAGAAGGCGAUGUCAACAUCUUCUUCAAGAAACUCUACAAGAACGCCACACCUGAGCAGCAGCGCGCCAUGAUGAAGAGCUUCACAGAGAGCAACGGCACAAGCUUGAGCACUGAUUGGAACGACGUUAAGGCACGCAAAGUAGAGACGGUGCCUCCCGAGGGAGUAGAGGCCAAGAAAUGGGGUUAAGAUGUGCCAUAUUGGAUUAAAAGGAAUUGGGAUAUAGUAGCAAAUAAAAAAGGAAUUCAAUGAUGCCAUGCACACUGACAGUGACGCUCUAUUCUAUUCUAUUUUCUUAAAGAUGACAUGAGCGCGUCUCUCUUCUCUUUUGCUUCUGUAUACCAAACCGAGCUUUCUAAUUCGCGCGAAGCUGCUCUUGUAUCCCACAACUCGUCACCCUGAUGCUUCUUGAUAAUCUCAGCAGGUACAUGGCACGCCUUACUCAAAAAGUCGUCGCCAGAGAUGUACGUGCCCUUGAGCCAUCUACUCCCGCCUGCUGCAUCAAAGGCUGUUCGACCAUGCAUGAUGCGCAUAUUGUUGAAGAUUACACAGUCACCCGGCUGCAUCUUUCCCUGCCACAUGGCACUCUCGUCAUUGAUCAGUGAAUGGAACGCCUUGGCCUCUACAAGCCACUGCUUCAAGUCCGAGUCUAGCGACUCGUGGCGGCCCUGGAACGGGGGACUCCAGAAGACAUGAACAAACUCUCCUGCCGCCGUCGUCUGCACUAGAGGCCGAAACUGUCUGUACGAGUAGCCGUGCUUGGUGUACUCAUACGGCACUGGAUCUUGCGUGAGGCUUGACGUAUCGCCCUCAUUGGCGGCAAGCGAGAGUAAUAUGCGCGCUACACGCUCACCAUCACUGAAUAGAGACUCGCCGCCCGCGCACGAGUUUUCCAUACAGUGCAGCACUUGGAUCAUGGGUGGAUCGUGCAGAUAAAGAAGGUCCUGGUGCAAGCCGAGGUAGCCGCUUGUGUAGGCGACAUUUUCGGCGUCCGGCUUGGCGCGGACAUCCCAUGUGCGGCCGUAGAAUGUUUCGCGAAUAUUGGCUACACGCUGCGUGAUGCGUUCAACGGAAGUUUCGUCCCGCGGGACGUUUUUCAAAAAGACCAGCCCAAGGCGGCAGAUGUCGACGAUGGCCUCCCACAUGGCUUCGUUUCCUUGCAUAAACUCGUCAUAGUCUAUCUUGCGGAUCUGCUUCGACAGACUAUCCUUAUCCCAGAAUUCUACACCGGUUCUCUCGAAUGCUGUGGCUGGCCAGACGGGCGAGGUGCGCGCAGGCUCAAUCCGCUCCAACAGCGUGUUGAUGGUUUCCCACGAGAGCAGGGACUCAUGGCUGGCAUCUGCAUACCGCUGAAUAUCAUUGUUGAAUGUAAUAGCGAGUCCAUUCUGCGCCACCUUGACGUUGGCAAUAGAAAUGUUCGUGGGAAUCUCAACAGAAGUAUACUGUUUCUGGCCAGAUGACUUGUCUUUACACAGGUGGCAAAUGCAGCUCUCGCGAAGAGGAAUAGGGCUAAUCUUGCGAGCAGCCAUAGCGUCGUCGUAUAUGUAAAUGGCCUGGCUGUUGUAUGCUACCGUUGCCAACGGCGCAUCAGUAGUGCCGCCAGGCCGGAACUGCAACGUGGUUGUCGACGCCGGAACUUCAUAUUUGCCAGUCGGUCUGGUGAUAUUGGGUAGAGUAGUAGCUGCAGGAGACCGCUGAGACCUCAGAGGUGCGAGCUUCGGCUUGGCGCUAAAUAUGCUGUUGUGGUGGUUGUGAUCCUUCUGCGGAGACGGUUGCAGGUGUGCUGCACCAGCGUUAGACGUGGUAGUAAGUGUGCGCCGCAAGGCCAGUUGAUGAGGACAUCGCUUGAGUAUAAAUGCUGCCACCAUGGUUUUGAAUUGUCUGAUGAGAGUGGAAUUACGACUGGAAAAUGUCGGCUGAUCACAGCUACUUAAAGGCGUCGUCGGCUCCCGCACGGGCAG